GCUCUCGUCCGCCCGUAGUCUCCCCCUAGACGAUAUUUUAUCAGAACCGCUCCGUCUGCCGUUCGUCCGGCACUCGCUCGUCGCGGCGCGUACCCAAGAGAAGGCGAGCGCCCCGGAGCUAAGGAGUUCGAGGGGAGUCGUCGUGUACGAGAAGGGAAAAGGCAACGCGAGCGGAAAAUAAUGCGCUCGCGCGGCGCAUCCCAGCGGUGCAACGAGGUCGUCCAGCGACAAGGUCGUCUCCUCCUCGAGCGGAUCGCGCCCUCGUCAUCGAGGAGACACUGACAGCAGUGGCGGAAGGAGAUCCGGCCGUGCUCGCGCGCGACCGCGCCGACAGCGGGGCACGGACACGAGUCGAGCCCGUCGAGAGAUAUAGUACCAUUUAUUGCACUUGGUAUUUCCCUUAUGCCAAGCCCAAAUUGUUCAAAUGUACAAGUUCAAGUGGAAAAGACAAGGUAAAAACAUUAUUUUCAAUAAGAAAAAACCAUGUUUUCAAGAGUUUAUCAGUUGAUGGUGAUAACUGAUAAAUAAACUCUUGGGAAGGGGCACUUUUGUGCCAAAAGAAGGUAAAUGGAUCCCAUUGGUCCAUGGUAUGCAUCGUAUAAUCAUCUAACCGCUCAUGGAAGCAUCACAAGCACAUUCCAAAGUGUAUCAGCAAAUGCGAGUACCGAUUCUGCAGUGCACCAAUUGGUUCCCGUUGCUGUGAAUGCCCAGACAGUGCCUUCCACGACUACAUCACAGAUACUCCUCCAAGCAGCAUCUCCCACAGCCGUAACCCUGGCAGGUCAACCAUCAUCGUUCAACCCGGGAGGGUUCCUGUCUACAUCAUCAGCGACAUUCUUUGAACAUCAGGCAACAGCCACAUCACCGUCAACCGACUGGAACUUAUCGCAUCCUAAUAAUCAGCUCACCAGUCCCUUUGGUAUUCUGCCACACGAAAGUCUUGUCACCACUUCGACCGGUCCUCCAGCCGCAACAAAGCUUAUAAGUGCCGUUACCUAUGAUACACCAUUUGCCGCACACUACAAUAACAAUGGCACGACUUCGACUGGAGCGGACUCCAAACCCGGUUCCUGGCCCGAUUCGGACCCCAUUAAAAAGGGCAAAGCGCAGUCACCUAUUAAUAAUAAUAGUAAUUCGAUAAAAUGUUCAGUUACGGAAUCAUCGAUCCCCGGCGCACACACGUUUUUUCAAGGAUCGACUGGUUUCAAUUCCGAUGGUUUAACCGCCAAUUAUUCAACCGACGAUCAAUCAGCUGCAGAUCCACCCAUGGUACAAUCGUCGCUGCAUCAUCAGUCAUGCAUCGUCUCUACAACAAACUUAACGCCAUCUAAUAAAGAGUAUAGGAUUUCUCAAUUACCAUCGAGAUCUCCGGUACCAACAACGAUUUACUUAAAUGCGACUGUACAGGAUAAGCAAACGACAACUGUAAAUCACAAUGAUCACACGGGAGCGGAUCAGAGCCACGAUAGUAGCCAAUCGUCGCCAAUCAGCUUCUCCAUCAUGGACUCGCGUAGCGUUAACUACAGCGCAACGAACAGCACAGGCAAGCAGCAACAGCAUCAGCAGCAGCCACCCAACGGCGCUGUCCAGCAAUUCCAUGUCCUCGGUCAGCAGGGCCAGCAACAACAACAGCAGCAGCAGCAGCCGCCGCCGCCGCCAAGCUCCUGUCGACACUACGUCGCGACAGCCGACACGGAAUACCAUCAUCCCGCACGCUCCAAGUCUGCGGCCUCGACCGACAGUGCCUACUCCUCCAACACGUCGCAAAAUGGGCCCGAUUGCGCGGUGGUCGUGCCAAGGAGGCCGAGUCCCCUUCAAAGUCACUCGCAGCCAUCGCCACUCGCUCACGUGCCCAGUCCUGCCACUUAUCCCAUGUACAAUAGUCCCAUGGCUACCAUGUCCUCACCCUCGCCGCUCCAGCAGCAGCACGGAGACGUGGCCUCGAGUACACCUUACAAAACGGGCAACGUGCAACAGCAGAUGACGCCGCCCUCACCCCUCGACGUCACUGUAACCAGACCGCCCUCGCAACAAGGCCAGGUCGCCUAUUCAUCGGUUAUUACUAGGGUACUGGGUGCCAAUGAGAACAACAAGACUAACUACAGCACUGACGGCACGAAUAGGGUACAGUACGAGAGGACGCAAGAUUUUGGCCAGUCUAAGCAAAUCUGUUGGGACAACGAUGUUCGACAGCAAUCCAACGAUCUAAGAAAAUUCUCCAACGCGAAUUACCUCGCGCAGGAUACCACCGACACGACCGUACUCGCUAAUCAUCAAAUACAGAGGAUUAUGGGUGUCUCGGAUCGCCAAUCGUCCUGUUUGGAAACUGAUCAAAUAACCCUACAAGAGUUGAACGGUUGCCGAGGCGAUUCAAUGAGCAUAGUGAAAAACCUGCAGGUGCUGCAAACUAGUGGAAUCGAUCACGAGAAUGACGAGCUGAAGCAGCUUGAGGACCAGCGACACCAUCAUCAUGUGGCCCUCGGUCCCAUUGGCGUAAAGCGGAAAAGCCUCGAUAAAAUGGACGUGGAGCUCGCUAGUGCGAACGUUGUCGUUGAUUAUCUCGAUCGUAUCCCACCUCCCGCGCAUCACAACGCCAUUGUGAAUCAGCAGCAACAGCAGCAGCAACUAUCACUCCAACAGCAGACCCAACAUCAGCAACAGCAGCAGCAACUACCACUCCAACAGCAGACCCAACAACAAAACGGUUAUAUCGAAUUCGAAAGAUGGAAUAUGGCGCUGCCGCACGCGAAGUUGAUAGCCACGGGACCGGGUACGUUCGUUGCUCAGCAGCCGCAGCCUCAGGCGCUGAAUCACGGUACGAACAUCGUCACGAAUACCGUGAUACAUCAGCAGCAGCCGCUCAUAAUUUCCCAACACGCGCCCGCCACUGUCUCCUACUUUCCUGCCUUCCACAUAGCGCCUUCCAGUCAUCAAAUUAUGCCGCUCCAGCACCAGCAGCAACAGCACCAUCCACAACCACAACAGCAACAGCAACAGCAACAGCAACAGCAACAGUAUCAUUCCACGCAUGAAAUGCACUCGCCGAUGGAGAUGAACACACUUGGUAUUGCGGACCCGAACAUCUGCCAGCAUAAUAAUAUUUGCAUACAGAAUUCGAUGAAGGACGACAGGCCGCAAGUGAUCGUCCCGAAUAUCGAAGAGGAGCUGGGUUUUUUGCAGCAGGCGCAACACCAUAAUGCCGUUUUAAACAGCCAUCGGCACACGAAUCCGGACAUUAAGCGUGUAUUGAACAACGAUCCAAAUACCGGGUUCAUGACGAGUUACCUCAAGUUCCUACAAGGCGAGAAAGAUACAUCGCCACCGCCAACUCUUCGUAGAAAAACAUCAUGGGACAGUAGGAAGCCUUACAUUCCAGUGGAAUCGAAUGGCGGUGAGACGUGGAACAAGAUCAGCACACAAACGACGACUGUCACGGAUAAGGCAAAGGAAAUGCCACAGAUCGAUUACGCGAACGAUCCACGUUACUUUCCUUUACCCAAAGAGCGUAAGAAGCAAAAUUUCGAUUCCAGCGACGACGGCUUCUCCAGCGACGACCAACUCCCGCCCUUUAAUUCCAAGCGCCAAGAUCGAAAAGCGACGACAUUGAAUCGCAUAUGCCAGGUGGACCGAAAUCAAAUGGCGCCAGCGGUGGCUACCAAAAUACCUCAGGUGAAGAAAAAGGGUAGACCGAUCAAACCAGGGGGUCCCACGGACAGGAAGAGGAAAGCCGCGGCCGCGGCUGCUGCGGCUGCGGCUGCGGCUGCUGCCAAAGGCAUCGUACUCCCACCCGUCAACGAAACUACUAGAAAAAAAGCAGCGCAGCUACCGAGGCGAGAGAGCUCGCGACGCAAAGCCAAAGAGAAGAUGAGCGUGAAGCAGAUGCUUGAUAGCCAGCAUUCCGGUGACCCGUACGAGGUAGACGAGGAACAGGGCGACUCGGACUCGGAUCCCGCGUGGACGCCCGCAGCCAAGUCCGUUGGCGAGGACGAGGAGAAGCGCAAGAAGCGCGGCAGGCCGCCCAUAAUCUCCAAGAGGCGGGACCUCGUGCACGGGGAGCAGCCGACGGCGCCGAAGAGGGCUGGAAGGAAGCGGCGCAGCCAAGUCGAAACGGCCAAUGCGACAAAGCUUACCUGCAAGAUCGACGAGAAACUCCUGGCUUCGGUCAGCGACGAGGAUAUCGAUAUAUCGCCGUUCAAGCAUUCUACAAUCGGAGAUGCCUAUGAUGCGUCCGGUGAAUUCGUCGUAAUAAAAAGUGAUUUGGAUCAAGAAUAUCCACCAUUGUGGAGGAUUGAUGGCAAAACACUUUUACAAAAGUACGAACCCUUUCAAAGUAAUGGCAAAACUUUGUAUAGAAAUAUUUCGACGUACUCUGGAUGGGCUCCGCAAAAUCGACAUAUUUAUCAACAAGUACCAGUUAAAUUUUGGCAGCAAGGUAAGCUGGAGACGAUCGUCGAGUUUCUACGCGAAGAUAUGAUAGUGGACGACAGCGAAUGUAUAAAUAAAUUUAUGAAAGAUACGGGAAAGUAUCAAGAUAAUUUCGAAGUAUACAUACAAACAUUAAUCUCGCAAGCAUUGGAUUCUAAUUUUUUGACUGAAAUUUUUCAAGAGCAAGAUGAUUACUUUUUGUUAAAUGUUAAAACCGUGGAUGAAAUAACGGAGGAAAGAAAGCAGCGACUGCUUUCAACAACAAAUUGGCGUCAAAACAUCAUAACAGCAUUGUCCACUUGGCCUUGCAUAAAUGUAUUAAAAGAUAAUAUAUUAGAUUAUAAAGGCAAGUCGUGUGCUGGAUGUAAUCGAUUAAAGAUUCAUGCAAGGGUUCUACUAUACGGACAGCCUUACAAUAGUACGACGCUAGAAGGUUCUCCACCCGAUCCUCAAGUGCCUCAAGAAAAGGACUUUUUAUUAUGUCGUCUUUGUCAAACGAAAGUGGCGUUAUUCAAUAAGGUAGCGCAUCAAAAAUACCUUAUGUUUCUGGAAUGUGCGAGAAGAGUUGCUGACAAAAGGGUUGCGGAUCCUCAGAAAGACACCACAAUUAUUCUCAAUGAAUUACUGGCAGACGAAACGUGGUUGAACCAGCUCUUUAAGGAUGUUAGGAGUAUUUGGGCCGAGAUCGACAGUAUACAGCAGCAAGCAAAAAAGAAAGCAAAUUUUGCCAAUGCUAAUGUCGACGACAGUACCCUCGUAGCCUCGUCGACGCAUAUUUUGAAGGUGCCUAUUGCGUCACAGUUAUCAAAUGAACCUCAAGCAAUUUAUUAUAAUAAUGAUCAAACGAGCAGUAACUUAUCUUAGUAUCUGCGCUAUAAAAGUGCCAGUUUUUCGAUGCAUUUGAUAGCUUGUGAAUAAAUUAGAGAACGAAUGCUAAUUCCAGCUACUUCCUUUCGAUGACGUUGUAAUGCAUCUACGGAAUAUUCUGUAGUAUGUGCAGCAGAUUUACUUACUGUUGCAGUUCGUAUAAUGUACUGCAUUUCAUAAAUGCUAGUGAUCAAAUUUAUCACACUAUAUCUCGACGUAAUCACAGUAUCAUUUGCGGUUAAAGGAAGAGAGAAGGUGGUAUUUGUUACGUGCGUUUGGCAGAUUCAUCGAACUAGCACAUUCAACCUAGUCUACAAUUACAGAUGGCAAUUACGUAUCGUCUUAAUUUUAGUUUAACACUAAUUUUAUCAUAAUAAAGUUCAUAGAAAGCGCACUAUAUGGUCGCGGUAACAAUUACAGCUUCAUUCUAGGAUUCGGAUACAGCAAGUAUAAGUGAUUUGUUUGAAACAAAUACGCACACGCGCAU